AUGGGGAACCGCGUGGCUGCAAGUACGGCCUUGCGCAGUGUGGCAGUUGCCUCAAUCUUGGCUGCCACGGCCUUCAGCAAUGCCUCCUCUGCGGCCAGCACUGCUGCAGAGGAGUUGGCGGAUCUGCGACAGAGCUGGAAACAGGCGCAGGCCAUGCAACGGAUGCAACGGGAUUUCUGA